CCCCACUGAGCCCAGGUCGAGUGAAGUACACAGGUUUAGAUCUGAGUGGCUGAGCAGUGACUGUGAAGACUGGGAGCUCAGAGUCCAGAACCUGCAUGAUCCAGUCUGCUUCCACUCUGGCUAUGAAGCUCUUGGCGCUCUGGGUUCUGGUUUUCAGACUCUUCUCCUGGUUCAGCUAAACUCUGACUCAGAUGAGCACAAACCUGUGAAUAAAAUGUGCAUCGAUACACAAACAUGAGACCACACGCUCACACUCACACCCUUUUACCCUUCACACGUUCACCCACGUGUCUCGGCAGACGUGUCGACCUAUUUGACCACAGAGACGACGGCAGCCCACCUUCUCAUCUCUGAGCUCUGAGGCUUCACCCUGCUCUGCGUCCUGUUUUUUGAAGCAACGUCUGACACAAGAGUUUCCUUCAGGAUUAAUAAAGUUCUGUCUCAUCUCAGCUGUGAAGACGUCGAAGGUUUCUCUUCCUCCUCGUACAGGAACAGUGAUGAACAGUAACAUGCUGCUGUUUGCUCUGCUGUCUUUACUCUGCUGGGUUUCACCUGCAGACACUGGGAAGAUCAGUUUCAGAUUCACCUCCCAACAUACCAAACCCAUCAAACCCAUCAGAAUGAGCAUGGUCUUAGAGGCUGUUGAUGACAUGUACUUUGGCUGCAACAAAACAAUGGCAAAAACCGUGAACAAGUACUUUGAAAGAGAGAACGAAAAUGAAAUGUUCCAAACGGCCUGGAAAACAGCUGAACGUUGUACAAACAGAAAACAGAAAGAGAACAAGGCUCUGGGCAGACAUCAUAUUCAGGCGAUCUGUGUUUAUACGUCUAGUUAUAAAGACUUUUAUAAGAGCUUUAAUGAGCAUGUGAGGAAUGACAGGAGCAGGUACAGACCUGAACCUGCUCAGACCUCCUUCCCAUUUCACUUCAUGCACUUCUGGCUGACAUCUGCCAUCCAGAUCCUCAGUGACAACAUGAACUGUCACACCACCUACCGCAGGACCAACCUGCACUUUACUGCCAAGCUCAACCACAUUGUCCGGUUCGGUUUCUUUGCCUCCAGCUCUUUUAAAACCACACUGUACCGCUUUGGAAAGAAGACCUGCUUUGAGAUUAAAACCUGUUCAGGUGCUUUCCUGGGAAAUUACUCAUAUCUUGGCACUGAAGAGGAGGAGGUGCUCAUCCCACCCUACGAGUUGUUCAUGGUGGCGAAGGGUCCUCGUGUUGAAGGUCUGAGUGACUGUGAGGUCGUCAUUAUUCUACAGAGCGUGGGAGUCCAGAGCAAUCUGAACUGUAAAGCUGUGUACUGAUCAGAGACCAGUGGACUCAGUCCAGACCUCUGUAAACCCUCUGUCUUUUUUACUGUUGCAGGAACAAAUAUUCAGCGUUCAACAACUAUUGUGAUGUUGGUUUUAAAACGAUCUGUAUUUCUUUGUUUGUGGAAAUUUUCUUCAUGAAAUCAUUAAAUUUG